CAGGACGGUGUGCUCGGAGCCGCCUCCUCCACAGGCACUUGAACAGAGAUGGACGCCGCCUCCACGUCCGGCCAGGAGCAGCCCCACAGCCACAGGACGGUGUGCUCGGAGCCGCCUCCUCCACAGGCAUUUGAACAGAGAUGGACGCCGCCUCCACGUCCGGCCAGGAGCAGCCCCACAGCCACAGGACGGUGUGCUCGGAGCCGCCGAAGCGCCCCGCGGGGCGCACCAAGUUCCACGAGACGCGCCACCCGGUGUACCGCGGCGUGCGCCGCCGCGGCCGCGUCGGGUAGUGGGUGUGUGAGAUGCGCGUGCACGGCACCAGGGGCUCCAGGCUCUGGCUCGGCACCUUCGCCACCGCCGAGAUGGCCGCCCGCGCGCACGACGCCGCCGCGCUCGCGCUUUCCGGGCCCGACGCCUGCCUCAACUUCGCCGACUCCGCCUGGCGGAUGCUCCCCGUGCUCCCCGUCGUCGCGUUCACGGUCCGGGAUACUACUGUCGCGUCCGCCCUGUCCGCCGCCGCCGAGAAGAUCGUCAUCGGCUCGCCGGCUCCGAGCGCCUCCCUGUUCUACAUGUCGUCUGGCGGCCUGCUGGAGGUCGACGACGAGCACUGGUUCGGCGGCAUGGUCGCCGGGCCCUACUACGAGAGCCUCGCGCAGGGCAUGCUCGUCGAGCCGCCGGACGCCGGAGCGUGGCGUGAGGACGGCGGGGCUGUGCAGACGCCGCUGUGGAGCUAGUUCUUCCAG